AUGAAUAGCUUUCAAUUAUUAAUUCUUUGCACUGUUUUACCGGCUAUCUCUAUGGCUAUUGGCUUCUCACAGUCUGUACAAGUGGUUGGAAAGCUCAUGUGUCAUGAUGAACCAGCUAAGAAUGUGAAACUGAAGUUGUACGAGAAAGGAGUUGUAUUUGACUCAUUCAUGGCUGAGGAUAAAACAGACAGUAACGGAGAGUUCAAGCUAUCAGGAACAGAAACAGAAAUCAGCUCAAUAGAUCCCCAAGUAAACAUCUAUCAUGACUGUGACGAUGGAUGGACUCCAUGUCAACGAAGGAUUAGCUUCAAGAUUCCCGACAUGUACAUUACUAAAGGAACAGUAGCUAAUAAGCCAUUUAAUCUCGGAGUCAUGCAGUUGGCUGGCAAAUACAAAGGAGAAACCAGAGAUUGUAUUCAUCGUCAUUGA